AUGAAUAUCAAAGCAGUCAAAGUUCUCUGUCUGCUGGGGGUCUUUUUCCUCAUGCUGCUUGGGUCCCUCCUGCCCGUCAAGAUAAUAGAAGCGGAUUAUGAGAAAGCUCAUCGCUCCAGAAAGGUCAUUGCCCUCUGCAAUUCCUUCGGAGGAGGGGUCUUCCUGGCCACCUGCUUCAACGCCUUGCUCCCCGCCGUACGAGAAAAGCUUCAAGAAGUUCUCAAGCUUGGGAAGGUGACCACAGACUACCCCCUGGCCGAGACCAUCAUGCUGCUGGGCUUCUUUAUGACUGUCUUUGUGGAGCAGCUCAUCCUGACCUUUCGGAAGGAGAAGCCUUCCUUCAUCGACUUGGAGACCUUCAACGCCGGCUCAGACGUCGGGAGCGACUCAGAAUAUGAGAGCCCCUUCAUAGCAUCUUCCAGAGGGCGCACGCUUUACCAUGAGCACAGCCACCACUCCCACAGCCAUGGCUUGAACGUCCAGGAGCUUUCCCAAUCCAGCCCCUUGCGGCUCUUCAGCCUGGUGUUUGCCUUGUCUGCCCACUCCAUCUUUGAGGGCCUGGCCCUGGGCCUCCAGGAGGAAGGAAACAAAGUCAUGAGUCUGUUCUUGGGCGUGGCCAUCCACGAGACGCUGGUGGCUGUGGCACUGGGCAUCAGCAUGGCUAAGAUCUCAUUAACACUGAAGGACGCUGCCAAGCUAGCACUUACGGUGAGUUUGAUGAUUCCUUUGGGCAUUGGGAUCGGCAUGGGCAUCGAGAGCGCCCAGAACGUGGCCAGCAGCGUGGCUUCUGUGCUCUUACAGGGCAUUGCUGCGGGAACUUUCUUGUUCGUCACCUUCUUUGAGAUCCUGGCAAAGGAACUGGAAGAUAAGAAUGAUCGCCUGCUGAAGGUCCUCUUCCUGGUCUUGGGCUACACGGCCUUGGCGUUGCUCGUCUUUUUCAAGUGGUGA